GUUCUUCUCCGAGUUUCUGAAAAAACACCAAAUCGCAGGAGGCAGAAACCGGAGAAAUCCAACGGCUCAGAUUUCUCGUCUUCGUCGUAUAUAAUAAUAUCUCCAGGCCACAAAAGUACCAUUUCGAUUUCUAGUUGUUGUCGAAGCUGAAUCCUCCUCUCCCUGCGUUCUCGUGAUCUCUGAUUUUCCGGCUUGCGUUUUUCUUCACUCGUUCUGAUUCCGGAAAUCUUCUGACUGAUCGAUCGGAGAAGAACGCGGCGGAGAAGAAUCUUUGUUUGUUAAAGGGACUUUCUUGGUGUGCUUUGUGGAUAUAUUAGCCUGACGAAAGACGAUGGUAGCUGACAAAAAAGACGUAGAGAAUAAGGAAUACCGUCUUCCCCGAGAAGUCAAGGAUGCACUACAAGCUGUAGCAUCUGAGUGGGAGGAUGUGAUUGAUUCAAAGGCAUUGCAGGUUAUCCCCUUAAAGGGUGCGAUGACCAACGAGGUCUUCCAGAUAAAAUGGCCGACAAGAGCGGGUGGUCCCUCGCGUAAGGUUGUGGUUAGGAUUUAUGGUGAGGGUGUGGACAUAUUCUUUGACCGUGAGGAUGAGAUCAGAACAUUCGAGUCCAUGUCGAGACAUGGACAAGGCCCACUGUUAUUAGAGCGGUUCCGCAAUGGUCGUAUCGAAGAGUUCAUCUGCGCUCGGACAUUAUCUGCAUGCGAUUUGCGUGAUCCCGAAAUAUCUGUCCGUAUAGCUGCCAAAAUGAAGGAGUUUCACAAUCUUGAAAUGUCUGGUGAGAAGAAGGCCUGGGUUUGGGAUAGACUACGAAACUGGUUGAGUGCUUGCAAGAGGUUGGCUUCUCCCGUAGAGGCUAAAUCCUUUGGUCUCGAUGUUAUAGAGGAAGAAAUUAUGUUACUUCAGAAACAACUUUCUAGGGGUGACGAACAUAUUGGAUUCUGCCACAAUGAUUUACAGUAUGGUAACAUAAUGAUCGAUGAAGAGACCAGAUCAAUAACAAUCAUCGAUUACGAGUACGCAAGCUACAACCCAAUUGCCUAUGAUAUAGCUAACCACUUCUGUGAGAUGGCAGCCGACUACCAUACUGAAACUCCUCACAUUUUGGAUUACAGCAAAUAUCCGGGUGUUGAGGAGCGUCGGCACUUUCUGCAAAUCUAUCUGAGUUCUUCCGGUAAUUAUUUUUUCCCUGUUGUAGAGAAUUUUCGUCAGGGUGGCCAUUUGGGUUUCGAUUCGGGUUCAUGUUCAGGUGAGAAGCCCAGCGAUACGGAGGUGGAGACGCUGCUUGAAGAUGUGGAAAAGUAUACACUGGCGAGCCAUCUAGUAUGGGGCUUGUGGGGAAUAAUAUCGGAACACGUGAACGAAAUCGACUUCGACUACAUGGAGUAUGCAAGGCAAAGGUUCCAGCAGUAUUGGCUAACCAAGGGGAGGCUGUUGGGGUAAUAAUCCCAUGCAAGUUGCAACAGAAGUGAUUCAGGUAUUACUCCUCUCUUUGUGCAAUGAACUUGAACAGAAUAUUACCCUUUGGUUUUCCGCACUUAAAUAAAAUCCUGAGAAGAUUAUGGGGAUGGGUAAACCGGGUUUAGGGUUUAAUUUUACUAACCGGGUUUUGUAACACAUUGCUCUGCUCUUUUCCAUCUCAUAAAAGGUCUUUUCUUUUUUGGGCUGAUGCGGGAAAAGAGAGAGCAGAGCAGUCUUUUGAGCAGUCAAUGUGGUAGCAGUUUCUUUGUCUGUUCGUUCGUUUCUUCAAUUUUAUUCCAUUUGUUUCUUGUGUAGUGUUGUGUUGGGUCUCAGGCGUUUUCCUGAAGCUGUUUUGGAAUUAUUAAUACAUGUAAAUUAGAAUGUUAUCAUCACUAAUUUAUAUGCUUAAUUCAAUAAUUUAACAUCCCA